UAUCGCGAUCGAGAGAGAUCGGAGAUAUGGCGUCAAGUCUCGUUCGCUGUGCGCUGCUCCUGGGAGCUAUGGUGGCCGUAUGCGGCGGGGAGAAGAAGCUCAGUCAUCCUGCUUUCACGGGAGUCCAGGCUGGCUCGGCCGUCCUGAAGAUACUCUACUGCUACUCCUGAGGCUACCGGCGAGUGUUUGAGCAGUACGCUCAGGCACUCGCCGAAGAGCUCCCUCACGUGACAUUGGAAGGAGAAAACUACCCUCCGCCUUACAUCAACAGACUCCUCAGCAACGUUCUGUUCUGUGUGAGGAUGGUGUUGAUUGGACUCAUAUUGGCGGGGCCGGGGGCUCUACAGAGUUUGGGGAUCCAACAGCCACCUUCUAUGUACAUGUGGGCUCAGGAGAACAAAUUCACUGCAAUAAUUCUCCUGUUUGUGAUUGGCGGGCAAAUUGAGGGGCAACUCCUGUCCACAGGUGCCUUUGAGGUCUAUCUGAAUGAGAAUCUGAUGUGGUCAAAGUUGGACUCGGGCAGACUGCCGUCUCUGGGUGAACUAAAGUCUCUGGUGACAGACGAGGCACAUCAUUUCCCGACCUCCAGUGAUGGUGGCCACUUUGAGCUCUAGCACACGUCACCUCACACCUCUGCAGGUCUGGGGCAGUUGAAAAUGAAGGGUUGUGGAAAAACCAAGAACUGAUUUGGUCCUACAAUUCCCGAUGAUUUGAGCAACUGUUUCUCUCUCUGCAUUGUGUGUGUGUGCGUGUCUUUUGUGUUUCAAAAUUAUAUAUAUUUUUUAAAAUUCACAUUGAAUGAUUAUGUAA